GGCGUCACGCGGCCCCACGAGGUCUCUGGGAUACGUAGUAGUCCUGAAGCCGGGUCUCACUCUUGGCCGCUGCAACUUGAGGACUACACUUCCCAGGAGGCAGCGCGGCGGCGCGCCGAGAACCACCCGAGGUCGUGAUUGGCUGGUGAGCCGGCCGCACGCGGAGGAGCCCAAGGAGCAGCUCUGUUGCGACAGAGGCCGAGCAGCAAGGCCCAGCACCCUGAAAGAACAGUUAACCUACCCCUGUGGGUCAUCAUCAUGCCCUCCGACCUGGCCAAGAAGAAGGCAGCCAAAAAGAAGGAGGCUGCCAAAGCUCGACAGCGGCCCAGAAAAGGACAUGAAGAAAAUGGAGAUGCUGUCACAGAACCACAGGUGGCAGAGGAGAAGAAUGAGGCCAAUGGCAGAGAGACCACAGAAAUAGAUUUGCUGACCAAGGAGCUAGAGGACUUUGAGAUGAAGAAAGCUGCUGCUCGAGCUGUCACUGGCGUCCUGGCCUCUCACCCCAACAGUACAGAUGUUCACAUUAUCAACCUCUCACUCACCUUUCAUGGUCAAGAGCUGCUCAGUGACACCAAACUGGAAUUAAACUCAGGCCGUCGUUAUGGCCUCAUUGGUUUAAAUGGAAUUGGAAAGUCUAUGCUGCUCUCCGCUAUUGGGAAACGUGAAGUGCCCAUCCCCGAGCACAUUGACAUCUACCAUCUGACUCGAGAGAUGCCUCCUAGUGACAAGACACCCUUGCAGUGUGUGAUGGAAGUUGACACAGAGCGGGCCAUGCUGGAGAGGGAGGCAGAGCGGCUGGCUCAUGAGGAUGCGGAGUGUGAGAAACUCAUGGAGCUCUACGAGCGCCUAGAGGAGCUGGAUGCUGACAAGGCAGAGAUGAGGGCCUCGCGGAUCUUACAUGGACUGGGUUUCACACCUGCCAUGCAGCGCAAGAAGCUGAAAGACUUCAGUGGGGGCUGGAGGAUGAGGGUUGCCCUUGCCAGAGCCCUCUUUAUUCGGCCCUUCAUGCUGCUCCUGGAUGAGCCCACCAACCACCUGGACCUAGAUGCUUGUGUGUGGUUGGAAGAAGAACUAAAAACUUUUAAGCGCAUCUUGGUCCUCGUCUCCCAUUCCCAGGAUUUUCUGAAUGGUGUCUGUACCAACAUCAUUCACAUGCACAACAAGAAACUGAAGUAUUAUACGGGUAAUUAUGAUCAGUAUGUGAAGACGCGGCUAGAGCUGGAGGAGAACCAGAUGAAGAGGUUUCACUGGGAGCAAGAUCAGAUUGCACACAUGAAGAACUACAUUGCGAGGUUUGGUCAUGGCAGUGCCAAGCUGGCCCGGCAGGCCCAGAGCAAGGAGAAGACGCUACAGAAAAUGAUGGCAUCAGGACUGACAGAGAGGGUCGUGAGCGAUAAGACACUGUCAUUUUAUUUCCCACCAUGUGGCAAGAUCCCUCCACCUGUCAUUAUGGUGCAAAAUGUGAGCUUCAAGUAUACAAAAGAUGGGCCUUGCAUCUACAAUAAUCUAGAAUUUGGAAUUGACCUUGACACACGAGUGGCUCUGGUAGGGCCCAAUGGAGCAGGGAAGUCAACUCUUCUGAAGCUGCUAACUGGAGAGUUACUACCCACAGAUGGCAUGAUCCGAAAACACUCUCAUGUCAAGAUAGGGCGUUACCAUCAGCAUUUACAAGAGCAGCUGGACUUAGAUCUCUCGCCUUUGGAGUACAUGAUGAAGUGCUACCCAGAGAUCAAGGAGAAGGAAGAAAUGAGGAAGAUCAUUGGGCGAUACGGUCUUACUGGGAAACAACAGGUAAGCCCAAUCCGGAACUUGUCAGAUGGGCAGAAGUGCCGAGUGUGUCUGGCCUGGCUGGCCUGGCAGAACCCCCACAUGCUCUUCCUGGACGAACCCACCAAUCACCUGGAUAUCGAGACCAUCGACGCCCUGGCAGAUGCCAUCAAUGAGUUUGAGGGUGGUAUGAUGCUGGUCAGCCAUGACUUCAGACUCAUUCAGCAGGUUGCACAGGAAAUUUGGGUCUGUGAGAAGCAGACAAUCACCAAGUGGCCUGGAGACAUCCUGGCUUACAAGGAGCACCUCAAGUCCAAGCUGGUGGAUGAGGAGCCCCAGCUCACCAAGAGGACCCACAACGUGUGAGCCCUCUACCUGGGCUCGGGUCAGGAGCUCCAUCUGGGAACUAACAGCUGCUACCCUGACCAGCCGCUCAGGACAGGACCCUGGGGCUACACUCCUGCAUUGCUGCAAUACUGCUCCCCCAGCCUCUCCCCUGCCCCUCAACCUGCCUUAGCUGCACUCUCUUAUCUACAGCUGGACAGUACCUGUCUGUUUCCUGUCCUCCUUCCAGUUACAUCUGUCCAUGUCUGGACUCGGCUGGCCGUUCCCUCCAGCCCCUUGCUGGUUACUUACUCUGAGUGUGAUGCAGUCAGAGGCACCAGCGGGUUAGCCAAAGGGCCCAAGCCCUGGAUUUGGCCCGCGGAGGAGCUUAGGAUCCUCGUUUUCUGGGUUUUGGUGAUAUUGGAGGAGUACCCCCAGCCCACCGCCCCGAUUCCUUUUUGCUUCUGGUUUGGAGCUCUGGACCAGGACCUUCGUUCUGGUCAGUUUUUAAAUAAUUAUUUAACAGUGUAACUUUUAGACCUGCGUGACAUCUACAAAGCGCCCAAUAAAGAAAGAGGAAGCCACGGUCCCUA